AGAACUGGUUCUGCUAACAUUUGCACUGGAUGGCGCUGUAGCUCUGUUUGGCUACACUAACCGGGAAACCCACUUUCAUAAAUCCACUACGGCCGUCACGGACGUGAGUAACCGACUGUAGUUGUCGUGACGUGGUCAUGUCUGUGCGCCCCCACCGAGACACAGCUGCUGCCGACGAGUAGAAGAGCCAACAAGUCAGCUUCCCACCGAGAAAAACACCCUUCAUUCGGUCCGGUUAACGUCUCUUUCGUCGGCUACGAUGAGGUGGUGACCCUGGGUCGGCCAGGCCCUGGGAUGUUUGCAGCUUGGCAUAAAGAAAAGACGGAGCAGAGUGAUUGAGAAAGAAGAAUGGGCAGGAGCGCCUGGGGCUGCUGGCAAAGCGUCGUCAUCUCUACUGCAGUGCUCUACGGUUCUUUGGCCUUGUUUACCUCCAUCCUCCACAAUGUGUUCCUGCUUUACUAUGUGGAGACAUUCGUGUCUAUCUACAAGAUUGAUAAAAUCUCCUUCUGGGUGGGAGAGACAGUGUUCCUUAUAUGGAACAGUCUGAAUGACCCGCUCUUCGGCUGGCUUAGUGAUCGCGCCUUCCUCAGCUCUCCUCAGUCCGGCCCUCAGAUCACAACUCCAGAGGUGGUGCUGAGGCGCCUGAAGGCUCUCUCCACAAAUGGCCCGCUCUUCGCUCUGUCCUUCCUGGCCUUCUGGGUGGCGUGGGCCAGACCGGGCCUGCAGUUCCUGCUGUGCCUGUGUCUGUACGAUGGUUUCCUCACAAUGGUGGACCUCCACCACAGCGCCCUGCUGGCUGACCUCGCUGUGUCCAACACCGAUCGCACACGCCUCAACUUCCACUGCUCUGUGUUCAGCGCUUUUGGCUCACUCUCCGUUUUUCUAUCCUACUGCUUCUGGGACAAGGAGGAUUUCUACUACUUCCGUCUAUUCUGUGUGAGUCUUGCAGCUUUUUCCAUCUUGGGCUUUUUCUUAGUGUCUCGGUUGCUACAGCAUCGUUUCCAAAAGGAAGUCCGUCCAAGACAGGAUGAUGCAGUGACACUCAAAGAGCUGAGUGUUGACCAUGCUCCACUUACCCAGCCGGAAAAACCUGUCACCAUUGGACAGUACCUCAAACAGCUCUCCAAACACAAGAACUUCAUGUGGUUUGUGUCAAUGAACCUUGUUCAGGUGUUUCACUGCCAUUUCAACAGCAACUUCUUCCCUCUUUUCCUGGAACAUCUGCUGUCUGACAAUAUUUCUGCCUCCACUGGUUCAAUCUUACUCGGCAUCUCUUACAUUGCUCCCCACCUGAACAACUUGUAUUUCCUGACACUGUGCCAGCGUUACGGGGUUUACCAAGUUAUCCGCUGGCUAUUUAUGCUCAAACUGGGACUUAGUGUGGUUAUGCUGCUGGCAGGGGCUGACCACAUUUAUCUGCUGUGCAUCUUCAUUGCUAGUAACCGGGUGUUUACAGAGGGCACAUGCAAGCUGCUGAAACUGGUUAUCUCUGAUCUGGUGGACGAGGACUUUGUGGUCAAUCGACGUCAGCAGGCCACCUCUGCUCUCCUCUUUGGGAUGGUUGCCUUGAUGACCAAACCCGGCCAGACAUUCGCCCCUCUCAUUGGCACCUGGCUGCUGUGUGUUUACACAGGUUAUGAUAUUUUUGAUAGGGAACCCAUGAAGGACUCUCUGGUUUCUGUGCCUGACGUAGCCUCUGGCUCAGGGACUCCGCCUCUACGCCUGGGCUGCUUCUACAUGUUGGUGUUUGUGCCUAUCACCUGUGCCCUGCUCCAGCUGGCCGCCUGGUCUCGCUUCACCCUUCACGGCCGCAAGUUGCAAGGGAUCAAGAUUUUAAGGCAAGGGGCCCAGCAUGGAAACCUUAUAGAUGUCAAGGCCAUAUGAACUGAGUAGAGCUGCGUGUAGCUGCACAGUCACUUUUAAAUGGUCGGUUUUAUAAUCCCUUUGUGAAGCCCAUCCUUGUGUGCAAGAAAAUGAACCACUACACAACAUGUGGACAGUGAAAAGAAAUGCACAAAAGGCUGACAUAUCCCACUGGGAAGAACAUGAAACAAACCUGCCUUAUUUUUAUAUUAGACUAUUGACCUAUAUUUAUAUUUGAACUGAUGACCAAAAGAUAAAGUAGAACCAAUCAAUCCUUUUGGACAGACCAAGGUGACAACUUUUCAUGGUGUGCGUCAAAGAUGGGGUGCCCUCUGUCAAACUGUUUAUAAAGCAUAAUGUUGGUCCAGAGUACAGUCUAAAUGCCAUUGCUGCUAAGUAAUGUAUCAGUAACAUCUGCCGGAUUUUAAAAAGCAGAAGAAGGGGAGGUUUACCACAGUUCUGAUGUCUACAUUUCUAAUGUUAUUAACAAGAUGAAGAACAUGGAAAUAAUAUUGCAUUAAUGUGUUCAGAGUGCUAUUGAUACUGCAUGAAUCCACUUCAGAGCUGAUUAAUUGUUUAAGUGGUUCUUUACAUUUCCACAGGAUGCCCUGCCAGUUUGAUGUUGAGAACUGUAUUUUCUGAUACAAAGAGUAUUGAUGAUGUUUUUGCACAAAACUGCCAUUUGUCUGUUGUACUUCUAACAUUCUGAUUGUGACAUAUUUUAUGUACUGUAAUAUUGAAAAUUGGGAUAUUAUGCUGGUAACCAUAUUAUCAGUUAACUUUUGUAAUUUUUUGGAUUAUACAAAGAAUGUGGCAUUACCACAAAUAAACCUCAUCUAUUUGAAAGUCAACCAAA